AUGAGCGUUCGUACUGAGUUCGCACAGCGGUAUCCGCGCUUGGCAACAAUUCGGUCAUUCCUCCCACCUCAAAACUUCAUCACCUUGCACUACUUGUACUUUGUGACAGUAUGCUUGAUCUCAUCAGUCAUAUUCUAUGGCUCUUCGCGGCCGAGCCAGAGCAUUUCCUAUGCAGACAGCCUGUUCUUGGUCGUUUCAGCCAUGACUGAGACCGGGCUCAAUACCGUCAAUCUCAGUCAGAUGAGCACCUGGCAGCAGGUCAUUCUCUGGCUUCUGAUAUGUAUGGGCGGGCAGAUAUGGGUAUCUAUAUGGACCGUCUUGGCACGCAAGCGUCAUUUUGAGAAGCAGUUCAAAGAUAUUGCACGAAGAUCUACACUGAGAUCGCCAAGAUCGUUGGAUAGACGUCGGUCAAUGACCGACAUCCCACUUGCGAGGCAAGUCAUGAGCUUCAGCAGGAGCAGGACACUUCUGGCCUCGAACGAGGGUACCAAUGAGGUUGAGGACCACCACAGUGCCGGCCAGAAUGUCGCGGCUGGAUCAGGUGGAGGGCCAUCUAUCUCUGCACCGAUUGCAGUCCACAAGCUUCGAGAACCGGUUCCAAAGCCAAACGAACUGACCAUAGACACGCAUUCCAAGUCGCCUUUUGGAGUGUCGCAGUCAUGUGAGACGCCUGGACGUGAGCAUAUUUCGUUCGCAGAUGAGGAAGAACAACCAGCUCGAGCAACCACUUCGGGCAUUGACAUGGGCACCGGGCUGUCACGUCGAAACGUUGCAACUGCAGACAACACUGAUCUGGAAGGAGGGCCGCUUCAGCGCCAGAUCAGCCACCAUCAAUUUCUGACCUCGAAGAAAGUCGGGCGAAAUGCACAGUUUCAUGGUCUCACAGCUGAGCAGCGUGAGCUUUUGGGGGGCACUGAGUAUCGUGCUCUCAAAGUCCUCUCCAUUGCUGUUCCAGUUUACUUCUUUUCAUGGCAGGUUCUGGGAAAUAUCGCCCUUGGCGCCUGGAUAGCCAACAAUCAACCUCAACCUGCGCGGGACAACGGUAUUAAUCCUUGGUGGAACGGUGUUUUCAAUGGUGCAUCUGCGUUCAACAACUCGGGCAUGAGCGUCUUGGACGCCAAUAUGAUCCCGUAUGGCAGUUCCUACUUCGUGCUUAUUGUCAUGGGUGCCAUGAUAUUAGCAGGCAAUACUGCAUACCCAGUGUUUCUGCGAUUCUGGCUCUGGAGCAUCUUGAAGUUGUUGAACUUGUUAACCUAUGAGAGUUCCUUCCGAGAUCUCAAAGAGACACUCGAGUACAUCCUCAAGUACCCACGGCGGGUCUACACUAACUUGUUCCCUUCGAGGGCAACAUGGUGGCUAUUGUUCAUGUUGUUUGUCCUCAACGGGACGGAUUGGGUAGCAUUCGAAGUCCUCAAUCUGGGAAAUCCCAAUCUAGGGCAUAUUUCAGUUGGUUCAAAAAUCAUUGACGGACUUUUCCAAGCCAUUGCUGUCCGCUCUGGUGGAUUCUAUGUGGUUUCGAUCCCGACUCUUUACAUCGGUCUUCAAGUUCUUUACGUAAUUAUGAUGUACAUCAGCGUCUAUCCUGUUGUCAUCACGAUGCGGCACUCCAAUGUCUACGAAGAACGCUCGCUUGGUAUCUACGAUGAGCAGCACGACACAGCAUCACUUGCUUCAACAGGAUCCGACACAACCUCUCGAGAUGCGAAUACGAACCGGCCGUCUCUCAUGAGGCGCGCCCUUCGCAAUGCCGUAGGCCGAUUCGAUGGUGUUGGCGCCGCACCGCGACACGCAAGCGAUUCUGCCCCAGAAAGUCGCUCUAGUUUCAUAGGCCAUCAGGUCCGCGGCCAACUCUCGCACGAUAUGUGGCUGCUUGUUCUUGCCGUGUUGAUCAUAUCGACAAUUGAGACGCGCCACUUCCUCGAGGAUCCUGAAACGUUCUCCGUUUUUAACAUUAUUUUCGAAGUUGUGUCAGCUUAUGGCUGCGUGGGCAUUUCGGUUGGCGUGCCGUACGACGCAUUUAGUCUUAGUGGCGGAUUGUACACGGGAAGCAAGUUGGUACUAUGCUUUGUAAUGCUCAGAGGUCGACACCGCGGAUUGCCAGUCGCAUUGGACCGCGCCGUGAGACUACCUGGGGAGGAACUUGGACUCACAGAGGAGGAAGACUAUCGCAUCAGAAGGAGCCUAUCCAUGAGACGGCAGAGUAUCGGUGAAGCUUAA